UGCUCUUAUCAAGACAAGAUUGAAGACUGAGUUAACAAAAGAGAGAAACUAAGAAGACAUUCCGUAAAGAGAAGACCAUGAAGACAUCACUAUUGGCUGUUGCUGUAAUAUUUGAAAUUGCAGUUUUUUGCUCGGGUGCCGAGAUCGUGCAUUUGCAAGACGAACAACAACAAGACUCUUCUAUCAGCAAAAGAUCUCUGAAAUCAGGAGUUUCUGAAAUCAACUUGAGCUUCCAACAUGGCAUGAGGGAUUUCAUCGUGAAUGGGAAAACUGGUAAAAUUGGUCAAGGUAUUCCAGCAUUUUUUACAACUCUGACAUCUGGUUCCAUCGGACCAAACUACGCUCAUGAUGCCAUCAAGUUCAAUGACGUCUCAUUAAACAUUGGAAAUGGUUAUAAUCCCAGCACUGGAAAGUUUACUGCACCUGUUGAUGGUAUUUAUCAAAUAAGUUUUUCUUAUUUGCAAAAAAAUGGUUACGCAAGCACCGUUCAGUUGAUAAAGGAUGGUCAAGUUUAUACUGAAGUGCACGCCAGUCACAAGAAUUAUGACCAGUUAAGUAAGACGGUUCUUAUUCAGCUGAAGAAAAGUCAGACCGUGUGGGUUCGCCUGUCCAAAAGUUCAGGUUAUGCUGUUUAUGGCCGUGAAAGAUACACAACAUUUGCUGGAUAUUUGAUAUCUCAUUAAUAAUUCUACAUGAAAUGAUACACGUUGCAUGCAGGCUUAAUUUGUAUACAUUAUUGGUCAUAUAUAUGUAACCAUGCAUGUAUUGUUAUCACAUUAAAACGUUGUCUAUCA